CCUUACCCUAUUCCAGAAGCUGAGGCCUAAAAAUGUGAGGCUUAUGUCAAAUGUGUCCGUCGAGUCAAGCCUCUGCCAAUACUGCACAAAUGUCAGGCUCAAAAUCAAAGUUCUCAAUCAGCUACUUGGGUCUUCGGCUGAACUACCUCCAGAGACAAAGCUGCUCAACGUUCUCUGCUGCCUCCCUGAAGAAGGAGAGAGAUGGCAAUCGAUGAAUUGUGUCCUUGAGAAAUGUGACAAGUGCAUACACAGAAUGAGGAUAUUCGAGGCCUUCUGCAUGGAUAUCAUGGACACAGCUGCCACAUGGUCUCAUUGGGAAAGAAACGGGGAUAACAAGCAUGAGCCCAUUGUCAAAAAUGGAACAGUGAGAGACCUUCUGAAAGAGCUGAAGGAUGACAUUGUGUGGCCAAAGCAGCCCAAGUCCAGCUUUGUCUUGCACCUAUACACUGCCUAUUGGCAGCAUUGGCAAUACAAAGACAACCGUCGAAACCCUGAAGAUGGAGAGCUCGUCAUGGUGCAAGACUUUGGGGAAAACAGAAAGACUUCCUAUGCCAUGGAAAUUAAAAGUGCCCACUUUGGGAAGACGCAGAUCACUGUCCACCCCAUCGUAUGCUCUUAUAGAUGUGGGGACAGUGUGGUCAGGGAGGCCCACAUCUUCAUGACUGAUGACAUAAAACAUGACCACAACGCAGUCAACGAGUUCACAAAACAGAGCUUGUCAAUGAUAAGCACAAAAAUAACUGUGAAAAGGCUUACAAUGUGGAGUGAUGGUGCUGUGAGUCAGUAUAAAAAUAAAUCAACACUUCACGACAUGACAAUGCUGUUCCACAAGGCUCAGCGUUGCUACUUUGGCUCUGAUCACGGCAAAGGGGAGAGUGAUGGGGAGACUGGCUUCCUCUCCCAGGUUCUCAGAAGAGCCGUGUACACGGGAAAAAUCUUCCGCAAUGCCAAGGACAUGGUUGAUUAUCUGUCUGAGAAGCAUGGCACUGCCCUGAGCGAAGUUGCAUCUCUUUUUCAUACCAGUUGAUAUGCAUGAUAAAAGUACAUCAACGUGCCAAAGAUACACGGGGUCGAGCUAGAUGUUGACGUACAAAGAAUUCCUGGAACCCGGAGCUUCCACCAGUUUGAGGCAAUCGGGGAGUCCGUGCUCAGAGCCAGAAGAUUGUCAUGCUUCUGCACUGCCUGCAGAGAGGGCAAACCUGACCACUGUAUAAAAGCUGAGACAGUUGGCACCUACCAGGUGUUCAAAACGAAUGCGAGCGUCCAGACAACAGCGGUCCAGAAAGAGCUUGAGAAAGUAGGUGAUGCUGACAACACAGCAAUCCCCAAGCAGGGUGACAUCGUGAAGCUCACCUGCACAAUCUUCAGGCUGGAGAAGACUUAC